CCGGACUGGACUGUUUUCAAACGUGCCUUUGAAUCACACCAACUCUGGAGGAGUACAGAACUACUAUACAGAUUCCUGGAACAAGAGAUUGAGGCAGGAGUAUGAUAAAAAUUGCAGAAGUUCACCAUCGCUCCUUGGCCCAAUGUGCAUAAUUUGACUGUGUUCUGGUGAGUCAUCCAGUGGCGUUUAGUGUUAAAUUAAGGUCCGAGAAAGGCCGUGGCACACGUUUAUGGCUGGAGUAUGAAGAGGAGGAACCUCUCCAAAAUGUGAAAGUGGUCAUUGAAUUUUUGAUAUCAUUCCCAGCGAGAAGAUUGGCCCAUCAGCCAUUUGAAAGACAUCAAGGCGACUUACUUCCCAUCAUCAUCAACUCUGUCCCAGAUAAGGACGUAAUUUGUUACCCAUGGUCGGUGAAGUUCGAGAAUCGUGAUACUCGGGAGAGACGUGUCAUUGUGAGACGAGUGGAUCCAUAUCGGAAGAGAGUGUUUCAACGACGCAAAAGAAUACCACUGUCAAAGACACACCUGAUCCCAGUUUCGGGCUGGCUGAUUAGUGAAAUCUCUUUGGAUUCGAAAGCAUUGGCAGCAUUUGGACAGAGCGGAAAUUAGUGGCGGCUCAAUUCCCGAGUUUGGCGUGUUGUACUGGACCAACCUUAAGACGGAUUAACAAACAAAAGAUUACGUGAUAGCAAGUGUUGUUCACAAACGGAUCCCCAAUCCAAGAUGUAGGGAUUCUAUGCCAUGGAAUCAGGGCCCAGAGAUCUGGCUGCUGGAGUGUCGCAUAGAAUGACAGGGCUUGACUUGGGGACAAGUGCUAAUCAUCCUGGUAAUAACACCCGUGUCUCGCCCCCCAUCAAACUCCGAUCAUUUCCUAGCUCGUCGGAUGAAAUGCUUACAACGCCCAAGUUCUUGGCCGAUUCCGGUGGGGGCUUAUUGUCCCCCCGGGGAUUUCCUGCGAAAUUUCAGUCACCUCCCGCUUUGUUGGAGAGCUCCAAGAACUCCGGUGGAGGGACGAACUCUUCAAGUCGAGUAUCCCAAAUGAAUGGCAUACUCAAACAGGAUGACAUGCUCACCACCCCAGUUCUCACUACUCCCAAGACUUCUGACCUAUGGCCACAAUCCGCCAAAGAUGCCUUAGGUAUGGAUAGAUUCCCCUCAGAAAACUUGUCGAGUCCAGAUCCUCUUGAGCUUGGUCCGAGAGAACCUCCGCGGGAUCUUCCUAUGGAUUCAGAAAUCGGCCUCAGGUCGCCGUGUGACGGCCUCUUGGCCAAGCGGAGGAAAUUCAAGCUGAAGCAAGCGGCUUCUAGUAACAGUGUCAAUUCUGACUCGAAUUCCUGUGAUACUCCAACGUCUCAAAACAGCCCCAGAGACUUGAGCGUGGUUCGAAGUUCGGGUGAAGAGCCCCCCUCAUGCUCCUCCAGUUCCUCAAGUGGUCCCCGGGUACCAGAGCGAAUGGAUACGUCUGAGAUCAAUGAACCCGUGGCCAAAGCACCUAGGCGGUCAGAGCACUUUCGGUUGAGCCUAACGACGCCUCAUACCUCCUCCUGUGAUUUCAAGCAUCCAAAUACGAAGCCUGAAAACCUUCGCUUUGCCAAUCCUAUCUCAAUCAACGAGGGCUUUGAUCUACCAUCCCCCUUUGUUCCUUCCCCACUGGCUGUCCCCAGUCCCAAUUGGAAUGUGGUAGAACGGUAUCUAGACGCAGAUUCGCUCAAAACCCCCAAGCAAUUGGAUAGCUCUGUUUUUGACUUCUUGUCAACCAAUCCCUUGACACCUCGGUCGGCCAAGUUUAGGGACCGAUCUCCGGGGAUGGACCGGGUUGGAUGGGAUCAAAGGCUCUCCCCAAGGUUAUCGCCAAGGUUUCCCAUCCCAGAGGCUCCCACAGACCUGAGUUCAAAAGACAAGAAUGCGUCCUCUGGGGGAGCCAGUGGUGGCCCACCUCCGUAUCCCGCAGAAGCAGAGGAUCUCUCCAUGGGAGCCUCCAAGGCCAAAGUGGGAGCAUCUAACAAUCCCACGCCUCCCUCAACCGUCGCUGCCUCCAGCUCAAAUUCGAUUGUGUCGCCCACAGGAUCGGAGAUCUAUAAUCACCAAUUGAUCUCCUUGAAACAAGAAUUCCCCCAACAGCACCUGACCCCUCCACAAACCCUUGACCCUCGUUCCCGAACCCCAUCAGGUGAAGUGAUCAAGUCUGAAGUCGUAGAAGAUUGCGAUUUCCCAAGACAUCCCAAUCAAGGGUUAGCUCAUACUUCUUUUAGUGGCGCUCCUCAUCAUCUUUACCUACCCUCUCAACUGCAAUUGUACCAUCGGCAUUUGUACGGUAGCAAUGAGGAGAUCUUGGCCCGAUCUCGCUUGUCCCCGGCACCCUCCCACCACUCUCUUCCUCCAAGUUAUGACUCUCGGCCGCCGGCAUAUCACGGUUGGGCGUCACAAAUGGGACCAAUGGUCAAUUCCGAUCUCCGUCAUAGUAGACCCCCAAGUUCCCAAGGCCAACAUUGGCACGAUGAGGAACACUCCGUGUCUCCCCCCGCCAGCAUGGUUUACGCAUCUCCGGCCAAGAUCAAGCAAGAGGAAGACGACCUUCAGCACCCGCAUCACCACCUUCGCCCAGACGAGAUGGGGCAGGAAGGCUUGCCAAACGGCCAUUUGAAAAGCAAACCAAGAAAGAAAGCACCCAAGGGAAAACCUGGGAAGAGUCCGCCAAAGAACCCAAAUGGCACCAAGCGGGUCUACUCCUGUCCUCAUUGUCAGCGCUCAUACGAGUGGAACUACAAUUUGAAUCGCCAUCUCAAGUACGAAUGCGGCAAGGACAACGCUUUCCAAUGCUCAAAAUGCGGGCGUAAGUUCCCCCACAAACAGAAUUGCGUGUAUCAUCUGAAGCGCAAACACAAGAUUGAGUGCGACACCAUUGAUCAAUACGUGACUUCUGGUCUGGUGGUUUUCCUGGGGACGCAUAUCCCCGGGGGUUUGUCGUCGGAUGGGUCUCCUCCCAAAUCCAGUUCCUCUGCUUAAGCAUUGUUUCAUAUCAGAUAGAGGCGUACAGGAGAACUUUGGUUGCCAUCGCUACCAAUUAUGUACACGUGCCAUUCGAAUCCAAAUCAAUCUCGAUAAAAGAAGACGACAACAUGUGUUCUUAGAAAUCCAAGAUUUCGGCACUACUCUCUUACAUCAUCUUUUUUCAAAGCGGAGUCCUUUUUGAGUUCACCCGCCCUCUCUAAUUUUUUGAUCAAAAACCGAAACCGAAUGGGCUUUAAGAAGCAACAAAUGUAUCAAAAAAAAGAGUUAUCCCGCCUGCUUUCUCGCUUUUUGUUGUGUACAAAAUAGUUCUGAUUUUCUCGACCCUCCAUCAACAACUUUCUGCAAACCCCAGGAUGAAAUACUUUCAUCGUUUUGUUAUUACCUACUGUUCCAUGGACCGCUAUCGUGGAUCUGAAAACAGACUUUGAUCCCGGUGAUUCCUGACUUGUGUAAGAAUUAGUUCAAAAAUUGUUCUCCAUUCCGUACAAAGAGAUGAUGAAAAAGAUUACAAUUAAUUUUCACUGAGUGUCAUGAUCUGUCACCCCUAAAUUUCACCCCCUCGGCCAUCAUCUAUUUAUAUGUCAUGUCCGUGCUCCCUUUUUCCAAACAGAACCCGAUAUUUUCGCAUCAGAUAUUUGUUAUCUCGCUCGGCCCGUUUUCUUUGGCACCAAUCAAAAUCGACUGGGAACAAAUGGAUUCCUCUUUGUUCACAAGUGACUCGCGUGACGAAUUUUUGAUCCAAUUAAGCGAAUCCAAUUAUGCCGAUGGUGAAAAUGUGAUGUUUGUAAUGCCUCCUUCAAUAAGUGUCUCUCUCAAACCCCCUUUCAUCUAAGAGUUUAUUCUUUAUGAUACAUACACAUCCAUAACAAAAAAAACACAUCCAUAAACACGCUUUUGUGUUACAAAAUGUUCAAAUAUAUCUUUUGCCUCUCAUGGAA